AUGGAGCGGAGAAAAGUUGAUGAAAAUCCUUACCAUGAAAUGAUAAAAAGGAUUCUUAGAUCCACAGAAAGGAGAGCUUCCGAUACUAAGGAUCUUUUAGAUAUGUUUACAGAGCUAGUUGCAUCAAUUUCAAAAAUUAUCGAACAAGUUAAUAAAGUUAAUUCGGAUUACAGCUUUAUUACGAGCAGAGAAAAUACCACCACAUUCUUUAAAGAAUUUAUUCAAUACAUUUCCGAAAAUGUCAUCGAUAUUCAUGGAUUAAAUAAUUUUAAACUUGCGAUUAUUGAAUCAAUAAAUUCUCCACUUAGCAACUUUUAUACUAGAGCACAAGAAAAAUGCCGCGCGUUUCAAAUGUCUUUUAAUCAAGCCGAAAUUGCUUUAGAUAUUGGCGAAGGACAGUACAAAAAAGCAUAUCAAGAAUACGAAGCUGCAUGUGCUGAACUUGAAGCAGAAUUAGAUCCAUACAAAUCGGAGCAAUUAAUUCAAAAAUGCCAAAGAGAAGAAAUCGCUGCAUUAAAUGCGUGCAAAACACUAUCAAAUGUCAGAAGAAGUUACUGUUUGGAAGUCGAAAAAGUGUUUUAUUCAUUCGAAUUACUCGAAAAAGAUUAUUAUAAUUUAAUUGACGCAACAAUUGGUACUCUCAAUAGUGUUAUAUCGAAUCUCGCUACUAUGUAUAUUACAAAGAGCGAAUCCGCAGCAGAAAAGAUUGAAAAAAUAGUAGAAGAAGAUGAAGAUGAAGCAAUCGUUGAAAACUUAAAGAGAGUUAUAUCGCACAACUGCGAUACAGCUGUUAAGCAAGUAGAAUUACAAUUUAAUAUAUUUGAUUUACUUUCUCCAAAGAUUGUUUACGAGAAAAUGUUGAAAUGUGAAGUUUGUGUAGCUGUGGAGCCAUACGAAAAUCCCCAAGAAGCUGGAUUGGUGGUGGCUAUUGGAGAUCUUGUAGAAGUUCGUGAAAGGAACAAAAAAUUUUUAACUGUUGAAUUAUUAUCUAAUGGCGUCGUUGGAAAAAUAGAGCCAUCAUACUUUGGCCCUUCUUCAUUUACUCGAACUAUCUGUAAGCUCAAAUCUGAUUUUGGAUACGCUUUAAUUAACUACAGACCGGGAUUUUACUUCUGUAUUGUGAAUGAAUAUCCAAACUGCUUCCGAUGUAAGACACCUUCGGGUUCAUUUGUUAAUGUUCCAAAAAAUUUAGUUGAAUUAACUGUUGUGUAG